AUGGCCCUCGUCACGCGCUCGCUCGCCUACACGCUCGGCACGGCGGUGCUGCUGCUCUCGCUGCUCUCGCCGCGCUCGCAGCGUGCGCGCCUCUAUCUCAACACCAUCUUCUAUAUCAGCGGCCUCGGCGCCUGCUCGGCGUUUGGCGUCGUCUGCUCCCUCUUCCUCACCCUCGUGCCGGGCGCCAACCGCCUCAAUACCAACUACUAUGUCGCACGCAGCUUCUACCUCCUCGCCGGCUCGCUCACCGGCAUCCGCUUCCGCGUUGAGGGCGAGGAGAACUUCGACAAGGCGCGCCCCGCCGUGCUCGUCGGCAACCACCAGACGGGCAUCGAUAUUCUCUACCUCGGCCGCAUCUUCCCGCGCAUCGCCAGCAUCAUGGCCAAGCAGGAGCUCAAGUAUGCGCCGCUGCUCGGCCAGUUCAUGUCACUCUCCGGCGCCGUGUUCAUCGACCGCAAGAACAGGCAUGAUGCCGUCAAGAGCUUCAACCAGGUCGGGCAGGAGAUGAAGAAGAACGGCCUCUCCCUGUGGGUCUUCCCCGAGGGCACGCGCUCGAAUCUGCCGUUUCCGGACCUGCUGCCGUUCAAGAAGGGCGCCUUCCACCUCGCCGUGCAGGCGCAGGUGCCCGUCGUGCCCGUCGUGUGCGAGAACUACCACCGCCUCUUCGACGGCAAGACGCGCUUUGAGGGCGGCACGAUCCGCAUCAAGGUGCUGGAGCCGGUGCCGACCAAGGGCCUGACGGCCGACGACGUGACGGACCUGACGACGCGUGUGCGCUCGCUCAUGCUCAAGGAGCUGCAGGCUAUGGACAGCGAGCGCGAUGCCUUUGACGCCUCGGCCACUGCCACAGCGACGGUGCCGGCAAACCGCGUGCGCGGCGAGCAGGGCCUCGGCGGCGUGGCCGGCCUGAUGGCCAAGCUCAUCGGCGGCAGCUCGGGGCGCAGCGUGGUGCGCAAGGCGGACCGCGACGAGCAGCGUCUGCGCAAGGAGGGCACCUCGGGCACCAAGCCGGACGACUACGGCCUCGUGAGCGAGGGCAGCAAGGGCGAGAGCAGCAAGAGCUCUGCAUUGCCGCAGAGCGACGAUGCAUCGCGACGCACCGGCGGCAACGGCAGCGGCAGCGAGCAGGAGAGCGAGGGCAGCACGGUGCUCGUGCAGAAGCCCAGCGAAAAGUGA